AUGGCCAUCAUACAAGACGCAUACGUCUCCGAGGAGAUUCAUCAACUCAAGGUAGAGGCGAAUGGAAAGUUUACUGCCAAGCACUACGAUGCCGCACUAUCCACUUACCUUGACCUCUUGGCCAAGCUUCCACCACGAGAAGGUACAUCGGAUCCCGAACCUUGCACUUCAGCGUCAGAAGUACACGCAACAGAAGGAACCACGUCGAAUGACAAGAGCUCAGAAGAGACCGAUGCAGCAUCACCAACUCGAUCAAGUCCAGUAGCUGAGACAGAAGAACAGGAGCAGAUUCGUCUCUUCCGUUCGGUCAUCUACGCAAACAUCGCAGCGACACAUCUUCGUCUCGAGCAGUACCGCGAUGCAGUCAAAGCAUGCAACCAAUCUUUGCUCGACCAGCCAAACUACGUCAAAGCGCUCUACCGGCGAGCACAAGCAAACGAGCAAAUCGGUGGUUGGUCUGCCUACUCUUCUGCUGUGCAAGACAACAAACUUCUUCUCACUCUCCCUGAUCUUCCAGCACCUACCAAACCACAAGUUGUGGCAGCGAUAGAGAGGUUAGAAGCCAAAACUCAGGAGGCUGCAGAAAAGGAGAAGGACGAAAUGAUCUCCAAGUUGAAGGGCUUAGGCGAUAGCAUCCUGGGUAACUUUGGUUGGAGUACGAACAACUUCAAUUUUACCCAACAGCCUGGUGGCGGAUAUUCAAUCAACUUCGCUCCUUAA